AUGAAUCUGGCAAAUUAUUCGUACUAUUCGGGCAUGUGCAACAUGACGGCCGAGACGACACAGCACUCGCCGGUGGAGGCGUCCAGCCCUGUUGUCCUGUCCCCGAACGUCAGCCUGGACUCCCCGCUGCCUCCGCCGUCUGUGAUGACACAGGCCCGGUCCAAAGACAACGUCCUCAUCAAGUCUGAGCCCCGGGGGACCAGUCCCAACACGGAAGACGGGACCGAUUUGGGUCACAGCGAGGACCACCUGUCGACGACGGGCAGUCGCCGCCGGAAAAGGCCCGUUCAGAGGGGGAAGCCGCCCUACAGCUACAUCGCUCUCAUCGCUAUGGCCAUAGCCAACUCGUCGGAGAGGAAACUCACCCUGGGGGGCAUCUAUAAGUUCAUCAUGGAGCGCUUUCCCUUCUACAGAGAGAACUCCAAGAAGUGGCAGAACUCCAUCCGCCACAACCUCACCCUCAACGACUGCUUUGUCAAGAUCCCGCGGGAGCCAGGCCGGCCCGGGAAGGGCAACUACUGGACUCUAGAUCCCGCCGCGGAGGACAUGUUCGACAACGGCAGCUUCCUGAGGAGGAGGAAGAGGUUCAAGCGAACCGACGUGAGCACAUACCCGGGAUACAUGCAGAGCACCAGCGCCUUCACGCCGACCCCCAUGGGGAGGCCCUCGUACCCUAACACCCUGUACCCGGGUAUCGGUUCCGGCUACGGGACCCAGCUCGCCACCUCUCCGCACCCGGCGAUGCUGCAUCACUACCAGAGCUCGGGGGUCGGGCAGGGACAGCCGCGCAUGUUCAGCAUCGACAACAUCAUCAACCAGCAGACGCUCCAGGGCGGGCCCGGGGGAGGCGGGGAGCUCAACGCCCAGAAUCUAGGGUUCGGCGGGCCGGAUCUGAGCGGUAUGUCCUGCUCUGUCACCGGGGUGUCCGAUCAGUCGGCCUGCUUCCAGACCCAGAAUAUGAACCACGCCACGAACAUGCUCGGCAGGAACAACGGGAACAUCUCCUCCAACCUGACCUCUGGGUACCCCUAUUCUUCAUCUUCUUCGUCGCCUCCUCCUCCGCCGCCUCAUCCUCACUUACCCGCCAUGAGCCAGGCGGGCUUCUCCCCCGGGAGCUCCCAGGUGUACUGCCCGGGGAACAGGCUCUCUCUGCCUGCGCUGCGCUCGGGCUCCUGCGCCGAACACACGGAACAGCUGCUGGGGCUCUCCAACUCGUACAACAACUCGUACAUCCGACAGAGUAAUUUUGCAUCGGGGUUAGAGCGGUAUAUGUGA